AUGUUUAACGGGGAGCCGGGUCCGGCCUCGGCCACGGCCUCCAGGAAUGUGGUUCGGAGCUCCAGCAUCAGUGGUGAAAUCUGCGGCCCCCAGCAGGCUGGGGGUGGGACCGGGACCACCACGGCCAAGAAGCGGCGCAGCAGCCUUGGGGCCAAGAUGGUGGCCAUCGUGGGCCUGACCCAGUGGAGCAAGAGCACGCUGCAGCCGCCCCCGUCUGAAGGGGCCACCAAGAAGCUGCGCAGCAACAUCCGGCGGAGCACAGAGACGGGCAUCGCGGUGGAGAUGCGGAGUCGGGUCACACGCCAGGGCAGCCGGGAGUCCACAGAUGGGAGCACCAACAGCAACAGCUCCGAGGGCACGUUCAUUUUCCCCACCACUCGGCUUGGGGCUGAAAGCCAGUUCAGUGAUUUCCUGGAUGGGCUGGGGCCAGCCCAGAUUGUGGGGCGACAGACAUUGGCAACGCCACCGAUGGGGGACGUGCACAUUGCCAUCAUGGACCGCAGUGGCCAGCUAGAGGUGGAAGUGAUUGAGGCUCGGGGCCUGACCCCCAAACCAGGCUCCAAAUCCCUCCCAGCCACCUAUAUCAAGGUUUACCUGCUUGAGAACGGGGCCUGCUUGACCAAAAAGAAGACAAAGGUGGCCAAGAAGACCUGUGACCCCCUGUACCAGCAGGCUCUGCUCUUCGAUGAGGGGCCCCAGGGCAAGGUGCUGCAGGUGAUUGUCUGGGGAGACUACGGCCGCAUGGACCACAAAUGCUUCAUGGGCAUGGCCCAGAUCAUGCUGGACGAGCUGGACCUGAGUGCUGCGGUCACGGGCUGGUACAAACUCUUCCCCACGUCCUCAGUGGCAGACUCGACACUUGGAUCCCUCACCAGGCGCCUGUCCCAAUCCUCCCUGGAGAGUGCCACCAGCCCCUCGUGCUCCUAAGGACCUCAGAAGAGGCCGGGAUACAGUGUGGGAAGGGGUGCCUGAUGCCCCCUCC